CGCACCGCAUCAUUAUUAUCAUUGCCAGCCAGCCAUAUUGACGAUCCCGCUUCUACACCACUCCUACACCCCUACACCACCGGAAUUGAUCUGCUGCGAGGGUCUAGUGUCACAAAAUCGAGUUAUCAAGAAUGAACACCCCACCACUUUCGCAAGAGCAGCUUGCUGCAGCGAUUGCAUCGGCUGCUACCCCGUCAAAGCUCUACGACAUACUCUCCCCAUACGAGGAAGAAGCGUAUCUCCUCUCCUUCCAAGAUAACAGACAGACAGAGCUUCUGGGCCAAUUCUAUGUGGCCUACUUCUUGUCUCAUCUACUGACAGAUAAAAUUUACGAAGCCCGGUUUUUGAUGAAGCGGAUGCCACAAGACCUUUUACAGACAGACGACUCCCUGCAAAACUGCGUGGCAUUACUGCGAGCGAUCUGGCAGCACAAGCACGAGUCCGUCUACACGAUAUUGAGAGAGUUGCCAUGGUCGGAUACGCUGAAGCCGAUAGUACAGAGUUAUGACACAUAUUUCCAGGAAAAGACGUUGCGAGAAGUGGGCAGGGCAUAUGAGACAAUCAGACCUGCAACAGCUGCAAGCUACCUCGGUCUCGACCCCGCAGCCACAGAGCGAGGAGACCCAGCCACGAUAGUAAAGCUCAUGGCUCAUGGAUGGACCCAGGACGAACAAACUGGACUACUACACCCCAACGCCAUCCUUGAUGACUCUCAGCAAGAUGCCCAGUUGGACAACGAUAUAAGUGAAAUAAUGGCCUUGAUUGGCAGUCGUCGGGGUUGAAACCCUGCAGAUCACCGGGAGAUAUUCCUCACGAAUGAGACCAUAACGAUAAUACCCUCUAAUGAAGACUAAAGGCUGGAAUAUGAGAGACAAACGUGCAGAACAAUGGUCUUCUAGCAAUCGUCCUAUGAAGUACCAUACGGUCACUGAAAGCUCCCCAGAGCGGCACCACGCGCAAGGGCAGGCAGUCAUGCAGGGGUACGCAAGCAGUACGGAAGGAUCAGCAAUGAAACCGAAGCAUACAACUGAAUCUCUUGCUCUUCUGGCCCAACUGUAGUGUACACAUGCACGACAGCCCAGGGUAUGUACAGAUGCGGGGAUGAUGUCUAUAGUGGAAAAAGAAAAUCAUUCCUUUCGCUCGCAAUGAUACGACUCUGGGAAAUUAGACCAACAAA